UCCUGUGGAAGUCUGAUGGCAAAACUCUCGCAGACUUCAGUGGGAGGCUCUCCGCUGGGAAGCCACCUCUCUUCUGCAGAAAGGACGGAGCAAUAGACCGAUGGAGGGGGGGAUUUCUUGAUGUCUGAAGUCCCUGCUGCGGUUUCUGUGGCAGCUACUGGUGUCCAUGGAAACAGCUGUGAGAGAAUGUCAGGCGGAGGGGGGGAGGAAGGAAGGAGCAGUCAGACCAGGGAGGAACCUGUCUGACAAAGGAGGGAGCUGGGCCCCUUUCCACCUCUCCUAACUGUCUCCGUUCCCUCUGCUUGCCAGUCACCUGUUGGUCAGGACACACGAUGAUUUUAUCAUUCCAGGCUGCUGUCUUGCUGGAGGUCCAAAGUGCCUGAAAGAAAGCUGUAGGCUUGGCCGCCCCGGUGCCGGUAAACGGGCCUUCAGGGAUCUCUGCUUCACUUCGCCCCAAGUCACUGUUCUCUUUCCUCCCGCCGAGGCUGUGCUCUGGGCAGGGCUUAUUACUCAUCGCUCCUGUUUCAAAAGGAAACUGCGCGGCCGGGGCUGUCUGCGUGACUUGGGAAAAGAACGAGGCAGCCAACGCACCAAGUAACUUCAUUAAACGGUUCUCGCUCUCGUUUUGCUGCUGCUGCCUCUUCAAAGAGGGGCUCUCUUCCUGACGGAUCGUGGGGCAGUAGAAGCGGCGGUGUCGGUGGUUUUCUCGGGACUUGCCAGCCAGACUGCGGGGAGAGAGACUCCCACACGGAUUCCCUCCCUGCCUUGGCUGGACUGAACUUUGGGACCGGUCUUGCAGUGUGAACCCGGCUCUUGAGAGCAGCAAUGACAGGUGUGUGCGGCUGCUGUGGUGCCUUGCGGCCCCGUUACAAGAGAUUAGUUGACAAUAUCUUUCCGGAGGAUCCAGAGGAUGGGCUGGUAAAAACCAACAUGGAGAAGCUGACCUUCUACGCACUGUCUGCGCCGGAGAAGCUGGACCGCAUCGGCGCGUACCUUUCGGAGAGGCUGAUCCGAGAUGUGGGCAGGCACCGAUAUGGGUACGUGUGCAUUGCCAUGGAAGCCUUGGACCAGCUGCUAAUGGCCUGUCACUGCCAGAGCAUCAACCUGUUUGUGGAGAGCUUCCUGAAAAUGGUGGCGAAGCUGCUGGAGUCAGAGAAGCCCAACCUGCAGAUCCUGGGGACAAAUUCUUUUGUGAAGUUUGCGAACAUUGAAGAGGACACUCCGUCCUACCACAGGAGCUAUGACUUCUUUGUGUCACGCUUCAGUGAGAUGUGCCACUCCAGUCACGAUGAGCUGGAGAUCAGAACAAAGAUCCGGAUGUCUGGCAUAAAAGGCCUGCAGGGGGUGGUGAGGAAGACGGUUAAUGAUGAGCUCCAAGCGAACAUCUGGGACCCGCAGCACAUGGACAAAAUCGUGCCUUCGCUGCUCUUCAACCUACAGCAUGCAGAGGAGGCUGAGAGCCGCUCUCCAUCUCCCCUGCAAGCCACUGAAAAGGAGAAAGAGAGUCCCACUGAGCUGGCAGAAAGGUGCCUGAGGGAGUUACUGGGGCGAGCGGCUUAUGGGAACAUUAAGAACGCCAUCAAACCUGUUCUCAUCCAUCUAGACAACCACUCACUCUGGGAGCCAAAGACGUUUGCUAUUCGCUGCUUUAAGAUCAUCAUGUACUCCAUUCAGCCUCAGCAUUCCCACUUGGUGAUCCAGCAACUCCUGGGACACCUGGAUGCCAACAGCAAGAGCGCGGCCACGGUGCGGGCUGGGAUCGUGGAGGUCCUGUCGGAGGCAGCUGUCAUCGCGGCCUCGGGAUCAGUGGGACCGACUGUGCUGGAAGUGUUCAACACCCUGCUCCGGCAGCUGCGGCUGAGCAUUGACUAUGAGCUGACGGGCAGCUACGACUGUGCCGUCGUCAGUACCAAGAUCAUCAAGGAGCAUGAAGAGAGGAUGUUCCAAGAGGCCGUUAUCAAGACCACAGGUUCCUUUGCCAGCACCCUCCCCACCUAUCAGAGGUCAGAGGUCAUGCUCUUUAUAAUGAGCAAGGUCCCGCUGCCUUCUCUGCACCACGCUAUAGACGCUGGAAAAGCUGGGGAGAAUCGGAAUCGCCUGACUCAGAUAAUGCUGCUGAAAUCCCUCCUGCAGGUCUCCACGGGCUUCCAGUGCAGUAACAUGCUCACGGCCCUGCCCAGCUCUUUCCUGGACAGGCUGCUCUCGGCCGCAUUGAUGGAAGACGCCGACCUGCGUCUCUUUGUCCUUGAGAUACUGAUCAGCUUCAUUGACCGCCAUGGAAACAGGCCCAAGUUUUCAACUAUCAGCACCAUCAAUGACAUCUCUGUCCUGAAGCUGAAAGUGGACAAGUGUUCCCGCCAAGAUACCGUCUUCAUGAAGAAGCAUUCCCAGCAGCUCUACAGACACAUCUACCUGACGAGCAAAGAGGAGAGCAACGUGCAGCCGCACUACGAGGCUCUCUACAGCAUGCUGGCACUCAUUAGCAUCGAGCUGGCCAACGAAGAGGUGGUGGUGGACCUGAUCCGCCUGGUGCUGGCAGUACAGGAGAUCGCCCAGAUCAACGAGGAUAACCUGCCUGUGUACAACCGCUGCGCCCUCUAUGCCCUCGGCGCCGCCUACUUGAAUCUAAUCAGCCAGCUCACCACGGUGCCCGCCUUCUGCCAACACAUCCACGAGGUCCUCGAGAUGAGGCAGAAGGAGGCGCCAUACCUACUUCCAGAAGACGUGUUUGUGGAGACGCCCCGGCUGACGAAGAGCCUGGAUCACUUAGUGCCCGAGGUCUUCUUCCGACAGAGCAAGAUCAGCGAGGUGCUGGGCGGCAGCGGUUAUAAUUCAGACCGGCUCAGCACCCCCUACAUCCCCCAGCUGACAGACGAAGAUCGGUUGUCCAAGAGGAAGAGCAUCGGCGAGACCAUUUCUCUUCAGGUCGAAGUGGAAUCGAGGAACAGUCCCGAGAAAGAGGAGAGAGCCCCCGCUGAAGAGAUCACGUACGAAACCCUGAAGAAAGCAAUUGUAGACAGCGUUGCCGUGGAGGAGCAGGAGCGGGAGAGGAGGCGGCUGGUGGUGGAGAAGUUCCAGAAAGCUCCUUUUGAAGAGAUUGCAGCUCACUGCGGUGCCCGGGCCUCGCUGCUGCAGAGCAAGUUGAACCAGAUCUUUGAGAUCACUAUCCGACCACCCCCGAGCCCGUCUGGUACCAUCACGGCAGCUUAUGGCCAGCCCCAGAACCACUCCAUCCCGGUGUACGAGAUGAAGUUCCCAGAUCUCUGCGUGUACUGAGUCGAAGCGCAUGCCAAGAGAAGGCCAAGCCCUGAUGCAACUGGAGCCAAGGGGGAAACGCGCCUUCUGCAUGAAUUAAAACGAGUCUCUUGAAGAACUCAAUAACCCCUCUUGGUGGACUCUGGCAGUCUUCCCUCUUCCAGAGCUACGUGGCCCGAGACCACCCCACGAUCCUUCCGCCAUUUACACAAAUCGAAUGUACUUUUCUUUGCCACCCUAUUUCUUCUCAGCUACUUUCACCUCCAGGGUUUGACAAUGCAUGAGACUCGAGAACUUUCAGGAAACCGUUUCAGAGCCGUGACUCCAGCAGCGAGAAGUUGGGGAGGGUACAGGGGUAGUAGGGCUUUGUUUUAGCUUCCCUUUUUAGAAGCGGGUGAGACUUUUGUGGAGGGGGUUAGAUCUCACCCCGGAGAGAGUGUGUUUGGCGUGUUGAUGUCCCACUACAUAAAGCGGACCUAUGCCAGUGACCGUGUCACUCACGUUUAUCUGCCUUUGGUCAGGUUAAGGGAGUUCUUUCUUAGCAAGGAGCUGCUGUCCAAACUUGAGGUCUUCUGUAUUUUAAAGCCAGACUAAGUGUACUUGAAAGUAGGACCCAAACUUGUUGCGAAAGGUGAAUCUUAGUUGCCUUAAGACAGUGCAAAGCAGCCAAAGAGGCAGGUUGACCCAAGACGUAAAAUUAGUCAUCACAGUUGGAUGUAUAUUUUUU